CAACAGGAGAGCAGAGUAUGUGUGGCUGUGUGCACAGUACCCAGGACCAAGCACUCCACUUGGAAGGGGAGCCCAGGCCCUCUGCAGCCCCAAUAUCCACUUUAGCACCUAGGAAAAUGCCCAAAAGCAUUUCAAUCUCCAAACAACUGGCUUCGAUAAAAGCUCUGGGGAAGGGCUCAGAGCUGGAAAAAGCCAUCGCCACCGUGGCUCUGAUAUUCAGAAAUUCUUCUGACCCUGAUGGUAAACUUGAAAAAGCUACUGCCAAACACCUGCUGCAAACCCAAUUUAGGAAUUUCACAGAGAUAUUUCUUGAACACCUACACGUGUCAGCAGGUGAGCUGAGCACGGGGAUUAACGCAGUGAACAAGCUACCAACCCAGCAGAGUAGAGAGAUAAGCUGAAAAAGUAAUUAGAAAUGAUCAAAGGAUGGUGCAAUUGUAGCGCAUGCAGUGCAAGAGUGAAACAGAAGGACCAUCUUCAGGUGGGUGGUCAAAAAAGGGCUCCUGGAAAAUUAAGGUAUAUUUGAGAUCUAAAGAAUGAGCAAGAGUUAGCAAGUCAAGGGGUCGGGGUGAGGACGAUAGCGUUCCAAGCAGAGGGAAUGGCAGCUGCAAAGGCCUUGAAGCAUGUCAAGGACCUACGAGGGCCAGUAAGUAUUUGGUAAGAAAGGGGAAGGGUGUAGGAAGCAGUGGGCGACGUAGGCCAGGAGGUGGAGAGAAGCCAAAUCUCACAGUCAUAGCCUGAGGGCAGAAGGAAGCCAGAAAUGGUUUCUAAGUACAGGAGGAAGAAAUUACACCAGCUACAGAUUAUUAGAUUGGGGUAGGGGUGAGGGUGAGACAAAGAAGAAGGGAGUGACUGCGUGGACACAAUGUGAACAGAAGAUGAUGUGGUGCUUUAGACUGGGCUGGUGAAUGUGAGAGACAUUUGGAAGGUGAAAUGAACAGAGUCUGAGCAUUGAUUGGCUGUGGCUUUUGAAGGACAGAAGGAGAAAAUUAUGAUACCCCAGUUCUGACUUCGGGGGAACAAACGAGUAAUGGUCCCUUUCUCAGAGAAGAGAAAGACUGAAGAAUCAGCAGAUUUGAAAUGCGGUGGGGGUGACACAUUAGAAUGUGUCAAUUUUAAGAUGUCCACGAAACAUAGAGGUGAAACUCAGCAACAGGUUACACGAAUUGGGAAGUCAGAAUAGAGAUCUGUGUUCAAAAUUCAGACGUGAGAAUUAGCAGUGUAUAAAGGGUCACUGACCUGAAGGAAGUGACCUAAAUCACCCAGGAGCAUAUUUGUCAAAUUCAGUCAUUUGAAUACCAUCUUCAACAUUUUUCCCUGUAUUAUAAUUUAUUUAGAACUUC